GCCAGCAGCUUGUAUGGAAUAGAGGAAUUGUCCAGGGUCCUGAAACUACGCUUACACCUCGGCAUCUGCAAGUGACGGUUCCAUCCGAACGAGGGGGGUACGACGGACACACCCGCUGGAGCUUAUUGGACGGUGUUCAGCGGAACGUCACACGGAGAAGACCUUCUACACAGCGGCGAUGAAUUAUAGAUGAAAGGCUAUAUGCAUAUUUGGCAACGCGAAGCAAGCUUGCAGCCCCCUUCCGACAACAACGCUGCCCCGCUCGGACCCCUCCAACUUCAACCGAUCCGCGUCCGCCCGGAGAGGACGCGAUGUAUCCCGUGAGCCGUUGAUUCAGGACAAUUCUUUCCUUGAAGCAUCCCAUCCGUAGAAGUAGAAUCGUACCCCGGCGGCGCGCAGGCACAAAUCGAGGCACGAUGCUCGAAUUUAGCCGAGAUGGGGCAACAGUCACCUUGAUAUUGCUCCUCGUCACGGUUUCUGCAACUGCGUCCACGGAAGAAGCUGUUUUUACAAAUCAUUUUCUGGUUCAGUUACACGAACAGACAGGGGAUGAAGCCCACCAACUUGCAACGGAACACGGGUUUGACAGUGCCCGAAAGGUCCCCGUGGCAGAGGGCCUGUUCCACUUCUACCCCAAAGAUCUGACCCGGGCCAGGAGGAGGCGCAGCUCCAAACUGCGACAGCGCCUCCAGGCGGACCGCAGGGUGAAAAAUGUUUUUCAGCAGGAAGGGUUCCCUCGGACUAAGAGGGGCUACAGAGACCUCAACGACAUCGACACCAACAUGAACGACCCCCUAUUUUCCAAACAGUGGUACCUGAUUAACACCGGCCAGGCGGACGGCACUCCCGGCCUGGACCUCAACGUCGCGGAGGCCUGGGAGCUGGGAUUCACCGGGAAAGGGGUAACCAUAGCGAUUAUGGACGACGGAAUCGACUAUUUACACCCAGACCUUGCGUCGAAUUACAACGCGGACGCCAGCUAUGACUUCAGCAGCAACGACCCCUACCCUUACCCCCGUUACACGGACGACUGGUUUAACAGUCACGGAACCAGGUGUGCUGGAGAGGUUUCCGCUGCAGCCAAUAACAACAUCUGUGGUGUGGGAGUGGCUUUCAACUCCAAGGUGGCAGGCAUUCGGAUGCUGGACCAGCCCUUCAUGACGGACGUGAUCGAGGCCUCGUCCAUCAGCCACAUGCCCCAGGUCAUCGACAUCUACAGCGCCAGCUGGGGCCCGACCGACGACGGCAAGACGGUGGACGGCCCCCGGGAGCUCACGCUACAGGCCAUGGCCGACGGCGUCAACAAGGGCCGCGGGGGGAAGGGGAGCAUCUACGUCUGGGCGUCGGGCGACGGCGGCAGCUUCGACGACUGCAACUGCGACGGCUACGCCUCCAGCAUGUGGACGAUCUCAAUCAACUCGGCCAUCAACGACGGGCGCACCGCUCUGUACGACGAGAGCUGCUCCUCCACCCUCGCCUCCACCUUCAGCAACGGCCGCAAGAGGAACCCGGAGGCAGGCGUGGCGACCACGGACCUGUACGGGAACUGCACCCUGCGUCACUCCGGGACGUCAGCAGCAGCGCCCGAGGCAGCCGGCGUGUUCGCCCUGGCACUGGAGGCAAACCCGGACCUGACCUGGCGGGACAUGCAGCACCUGACGGUGCUGACCUCCAAGCGGAACCAGCUGCACGACGAGGUGCACCAGUGGCGGCGGAACGGCGUGGGGCUGGAGUUCAACCACCUGUUCGGCUACGGCGUGCUGGACGCCGGCGGCAUGGCCAAGAUGGCGCGCGAGUGGAAGCCCGUCCCCGAGAGGUUCCACUGCGUCGCCGGGUCCGUGCAGGAGCCCCGUAAAAUCUCGUCGGACGGGCAGCUGGUCCUCAGCAUCUCCACGGACGCCUGCCAGGGCAAGGACAACUUCGUGCGCUACCUGGAGCACGUGCAGGCCGUCGUCACGGUGAACGCCAGUCGCCGCGGCGACCUCAACAUCAACAUGACCUCGCCGGCCGGCACCAAGUCCAUCCUGCUGAGCCGGCGGCCCCGCGACGACGACGCCAAGGUGGGCUUCGACAAGUGGCCCUUCAUGACCACGCACACCUGGGGCGAGGACCCGCGCGGCCCCUGGCUGCUGGAGGCGGGCUUCGGGGGCGACGCGCCCCAGCACGGCGUCAUGAUGGAGUGGACCCUCAUGCUGCAUGGCACGCAGAGCGCCCCGUACAUUGACCAGAUCGUGCGCGACUACCAGUCCAAACUCGCCAUGUCCAAAAAACAGGAGCUGGAGGAGGAGCUGGACGAGGCCGUGGAGCGCAGCCUGAAGAGCCUGCUGGGGAAGAGCUAAACACACUAUACACUA